AUGAUGUCGUCUGAGUCUUCUAAAGUGCAGGUGGAAUAUAUUAGUGAGGAUAAAAUUAUCAAGGAGGCAAGUGGCAAUCAGUCUCCUCUAGCGCUCCUGGCGGCCACGUGUAGUCGCCUCGGUGCCGCCAAUAUGGGGCCCGACCAACAACAACAGGACAAGGAUCAACAACAACAACAACAACAACAACAGCAACACUUUAACUCACAACAACAACAACAAGCUCAACAACAGCAACAGGCUCAACAGCAACAACAAGCACAACAACAGCAAGCUCAACAACAACAUCAACAACAACAAGCCCAGCAGCAGCAGCAGCAGCAGCAACAACAACAACAAGCACAACAACAAGCGCAACAACAAGCGCAGCAACAGGCGCAACAACAGCAACAAGUCCAACAGGCUCAACUCGUUCAGCAACAAGUGCAAGGAGAUGCGGCAACUCUUGCUGCUAUUCAACAACAAUAUUUACAACAGCAACCUCAGUUGAGGGUCAUUAGUACCGCUGUUGUGCAGCAACUCAGAGCUCAAGGAUUAACGGGUAGCGAAUUAUCAGCAGCGAUAGUGAAUGCAGCCAGUACAGUGCCUAACGGUAUCCAAGUGCAACAGCCGCAGGUGAUAUCGAUGCAACAACUUCAGUCGCUGUUAGGCGGCGGUGUGGUUUCGGGGGGAGAUGGCGCCACCUAUCAAAACGCACCGCAACAGUUGCUGCAAAUCCAUCCGCAAUUAUUACAGCAACAAGGUGGUGUUUACGGGGGAUGCCUCGUAGGCGGUGUGGGAGGAGUCGCCCCUAUGCAAGCCGUCACUGUGGAUGGACAGGAAGCUCUCUUCAUACCCGCACAGCAUGCACAGAACUUUUCCGGCAUGGGUCAAGUGAGUCUGGUUAAUGGACAACUGGUGAGGACUCCGGUCCUUCCAGCCGGAUUUCUCCAAAAUGUCAUGCACCUACCUGCUGAGCAACAGGCGACCGUCACAAUCCCCGGCUCUAACAUAUCCAUCCCACUGAGCGCUCUCACCGGGAAUCAGCCGAUGAUCACAAUCCCGGGGACGAACUUUUCCCUCCCCGCCGGGAUUCAAAUCCCGACGAGCCAGCCCAUCUCUAUAGCUGGCUCGUCCGUCCAGCUGUCCGGCAACGGGGCAGCGGAAAAGACUCCGGCCUCCAAGGACAACAAGCCCUCCACCAGCCCGCCCCCGCAAGGCGGCGGAGUAGCGAUGCGCGGCGGUGUGGGCGGAGUGGGCAGCGUAGGCAGCGUGGGCAUGGUGCCGGUGCAGGUGCCGGUGAGCGUGGGCAACGGGCACACCGUGUACCACACCGUGCACGUGCCGCUGCACGCGCCGCACCAUCUGCAGAUCAUACCGCAGCUGCAGCAGAUGCAAGCACAACCUCAAGUCGCAAACGUCCUAACUCCAUCGGGCCAAAUACAACAAAUACAAAUAGCAUCGCUUGGGAAUGUCCAGGUACCAACGCUGGGUGUGGGCGGGCUCGGUGGCGCUGUGCAGCUGGUGCCCGCCGUGAUGCCGGGCGUGCAGCUUGCGCAAAUGCAGCAGCCGCAGCAGCAGCAGCAGACACAGCAGCAACCUGUUAUUGAAACAACAACAUACACGGGCCAGCAAAUCCAGCAGGAGUCGAACGAGCCAGGCAAAUGGCAGGUGGUGACCGUCAGUAACGCGGGCGGCGAGUGCGAGAACAAAAUGCGCGCCGCCAGCCCCACCGGCAAGCGGCUGAUGAAGCGCGUCGCCUGCACCUGCCCCAACUGCGACCAGGGCGAGAACCGUUUAGUUGACCGUAAGAAGCAGCACGUGUGCCACAUCCCAGGCUGCAACAAGGUGUACGGCAAGACGUCACAUCUCAGGGCGCAUUUGCGAUGGCAUUCUGGAGAACGGCCAUUCCUAUGCAACUGGCUCUUCUGUGGUAAAAGAUUCACUCGCUCUGAUGAGCUGCAAAGGCACAGAAGAACGCAUACGGGAGAGAAACGCUUCGAGUGUCCCGAGUGCAGUAAACGUUUCAUGAGGUCUGAUCACCUCGCCAAACAUGUUCGGAUCCACACCAAAAAUAGAAUUACGGAAGUGGCAACAUCAACACAGUCUAUGUACUCGGACUCCGGUGAGGACAGCUGCGACGAUAAGAUGAUGCUCACCAUAGAAACCAUCCACACUUCGGGCGAGGGCGAUGAGAAGCUGGUGAUGAUUCGGCCCGGUGCGAAAAUCGAACCUGAACACGCCGACAGCUAG